AUGACCAUUGCCCUGGUGGCCGUUGCAGCUAGGGCAUUAUUCUACUUUUACUCCUCGACACCACAAGAGUCUGCUCUCUCAUCUACACAAUGCCAGAACCCCUCGAUCCGUCGCGAAUGGCGGACACUGAGCACAAGCGAAAAGUUGGACUAUCUUGACGCCGUUGUUUGUCUCACGAAGACGCCGUCGGUCCUAGGUCUGAAUCAGACGCUGUUUGAUGACUUUCCAUUCAUACACACUACUAUAGGCAAAGAAGGCAAGUACCAUCUUGAGUCACACCACAGCGCAUUGUUUCUAGCCUGGCACCGCUAUUUCCUCCAUAUUUAUGAAGCUCGACUUCGAGAUGUCUGUCAUUACCCGGGCUCACUUGUCUUCUUCGACUGGCAGCUUAACAUCCACGACCUGCCCUCGGCUCCAAUUUGGGACCCAGUUACUGGAUUCGGCGGUGAUGGCAACAUUACUGGCCCGGAUACAGUGAACGUCGCUCGUUGCGUCACAGACGGCCCAUUCGCCAACCUUCCAGUGCUCUACUAUUCCAAUGAACUGAAGCUGCACUGCCUUUCCCGUGGCUUCCAGCCUCCCGUAGACAUGGAGAGGUAUUAUAGCGCACGUGUGUCGGUGGAAGCGAUUGACAAGCUGAUGGCAACGCCUCGGUACGAGGAAUUCAACCUGGGUGUGGAGGACGGUCCGCAUCUGUCGAUGCCGCAUGCCGUACUAGGGGAUUUCUUGGUGGACACGGCGCCAAAUGAUCCAGUGUUCUUCCUGCAUCAUGCCCAGUUGGAUAGGUUAUGGUGGAAGUGGCAGAAAUCGAGUCCAGGCCGUCUGCGUGAGUACAACGGAGCGAGUGCUCGGGGCAGCAAGGAGCCGGCAUCGCUACAAGAUCAGCUAAAGUUUGGAGAACUGGCAGCAAAUGUUGCUGUCGAGGGUGUCAUGGACACCCGUGACGGGCUUUUGUGCUAUGAGUAUGCAUAUUGA